UGAAUUUGUAUUAGCUCGCGGGCCGUGGGUUUAAUUUUUACUACUUUUUCCCGGUCCAAACUGAUUCGUGUUUGAGCCAUUUGGUGCUUACUGGGUCUUCUAAAAAACGGCCCGUGUUUGAGGAGCGAAUUCGAAUCGCAGCGUUAACCCGGGGUAGAUGAAGAGAGGCACCGGCAGAAGACAAUACAAUUACAGUUAAUUACCUCAUACAGUGUAUGUGUGGCAACAACAUGUCUAUGCCGCUGCUCGCCGAGGCUGUGACGGUGUCCGGGCUGGAGAAGGAGACCGCGGCGGUGAUUUUCCUUCAUGGGUUGGGAGACACGGGGCACGGGUGGGCCGACACUUUGACGGGGAUCCAGCUGCCUCACGUCAAGUUCAUCUGCCCCCAUGCGCCCACAAUUCCCGUCACUCUCAACAUGAAGUCCAUGAUGCCCGCAUGGUUUGACCUCAUGGGUCUCAGCCCCGACUCCCCAGAGGACGAAUCUGGUAUCAAGAAGGCAGCAGAAAACAUCAAGGCCAUAAUCGAACAUGAGGCCAAAAAUGGGAUCCCCCCGCACCGUAUAAUGCUCGGCGGCUUCUCUCAGGGUGGGGCUUUGUCCUUGUAUACAGCCUUGACCUGCCAGCAUCAGUUGGCUGGCGUCGUGGCCCUCAGUUGCUGGCUACCACUUCACAAGAGUUUCCCAUCGGCGUCAAGCGGCCACAAGAAUCUCCCGAUCCUGCAGUGCCACGGCAAGAUGGACGUCAUGAUCCCAGUGCAGUUUGGUGCCAUGACGGCAGAAAAACUCAAAUCCAUAGUCAACCCUCAGUUGAUCACCUUCAAAACCUACCCAGGGCUCCCUCACAGCUCCUGUCCUCAGGAGAUGGAGGCGGUAAAGGAAUUUAUCGAGAAGUAUUUGCCCCGAAUCUGACCGCACCUCAUCCCCACUGUGGACCCCCCCCAAGACACUGACCUCUCACCCCUGAUCUGCCAUUCUCCCACAGGAAACAGCCAUGAGCACCCCCUCUGCCACACACAUCUACUAAAUAACAAACACUCUUGAACACACAUAAACACACACAUUUGAUAAAAAUGAUCCAUACUGCGAAACUAAACAAAAGCCUGUUUAUGCAGGCCGACCAACAACGCUCACACUCAAAACCGGUUCAUCAAACCCACUGAUUUGAUGAUAACGAAAGUCUUAGCCUUUCGGAGGGAGAAACACUGACUCGCACGAUACAUUCCCUUUGGUUUUAGUCUAACAGCCUGCUCCACAUGACCUCAGUUCUUCUCCACUUUUACCUCAUUUUGCUUUUGCUGUCACGUCCUCCAUUGCUUUCACUGCCACGCCUUUCUCUCUUUCAUUAAUGUGUCAUGUGUUUGUAAGACAUUUAGUGGAUCUCAAAACAGUAAGAUCGAGUCAGAUCAUCAGUUUAACACCAGCCUGAUGCUGUCAGUGAUCAUACUGAGGCCUGAUCAGACCGAAUUUUGAUUGAAACUCACAAAAUUUGAGGCUUUCCAGCCAGUUGGAGAGAAGAAGGUGAGAUUAAGUUCUCAAUCCUCUUUGUAACUGCAUGGUGAAAUAUUACAAGCUGUGGAGAAGAAGAGCGUGAGUGCAGGGACCGUGACAGUAAAAUGCUAUAUAAUUUACAACUUCAUGGACAGCUAGCUAUUCUUUCUGCUGCAGCUUCUCCCCCACACACACACUACAUGAGUAUAUUCCCCCAGGCAAAAUUCGGUUGGACUGUAGCUUCACUCCACUGUUGGGAGUCCAGCAGAGUCUGACUUGGGUGCAGUGACUGCUGGUUUUAGAGCCAUCCCAUCACGGGGCACUGCAACCUGUCCAGGUCCUGUGUUGGUAAUCUUGAACACUUAACUGUGGGUGCCCCUUUUUAUUAAAGUACUUAACAUCCUCUCUUUUUUUAGUGAGUGUGAUAAAAUAUCUUGAGAUAUAUGAAGAAAAUCCAGCUGAAAUAAAAGAAACCUAAUCAAUCGAUGCUUUUGCUGCCCUGUGCUGUUUAUUUCAUACCUUCCUCACUUGCAUGUUAGCAUCUUUCUGCUGUGAUUCUUUAUUUAAACUGACCUCAGAUGGUUUCCUUUCUUCACAUGGAACUUGUAGGCUUAAAGGGGGAUGACUGACCAGUAUGAGUUGCAUGAAAUAAUGCAUCACUGCAGAUGGUUGCAGGCCCGCACUGACUGCACACAACAAGUCGUUUCACUGUUCCUCCCACCUACUUUUCCAACCUUUUAACAGUUUCCCCAAUCCGAAGUUCCUGUCUCAGCAUCUGCCACCUCCUCCUCCCAAUUACUCCCAACUGAUUAUCAGUUUAAACUCUGAUAAAACUGCUUCCAUCAUAUCUUCCUCUGUGACACUAGAGCAGUCCUGAGUUUAAAACUAGCGUCGACCUUUUAUUCCUGAGAAACGUCAGAAAGUAUUCACUUCCCAGCUCCCUCCUUUGUCACCUUACUAUAACCCACCAAUAGAAGAAAACAGAUCAGUUUUAAAGUUAAACCCAACUCAGUUAUACUUCACUUCUUUAGAAAAAAUGGCUAUACACUGGGAGGGCUUUGGCAAGAAGCUGUUCCAACAUAACCGAAGGGGGAUUUUACAAAUUUAAAAAAGUCAGUCUUGAACAACUUGUAAUCCUUGGACAUAAGAGUGUAACCCUGAGGAGUUGCGUGUGCUUAAAAUAUAUAUAUAUCAGGUGUUCUGCAUUUUCUGUUGUGAAUGUUAAUUUUGCUCUCCUCAUGAUUACCUGUCCUGUAUUGCUGUUUUCAAACCAGAUUUUAAAAAAAGAAGAAGACGAGAAAUGGAAAAGGAGGAAAGACAUGUGCUUUGAUUGUUGUUCACUAAUCAAUGAAUGUCUCCUUUCUCCUUCGGUCCUUUUAUAUUUUCCCGUCAAUCUGAAUCUCUGAAGCAGCCCUGAGUUUUGUUCGCUCCUUUUUAUUUUGUGUCUUUUUCUUUCUCCUUUUUUAAUAAUACCAACAUUUCCCACUUUGUGACGACGUCUACGUCUUGUGUGUUUUCUCCUGGUUUUAUGUUGUCAUUUUGGUUUUAGUUUCUACACGUGUUUUUUUGUUUACUGAACUUAUGUUUUGUUGUGUUUUGUCACCGUUGUCAUUUCAUCUUUUUUUUGCGUCUGUUUAUAAUGAUGAACAUUAAGAAAACAUGUUUAGGGGAGACAGGAGUUCUCUCCGCUUUUUUUGUUUCCAAAACACCUGUAUGCAGAAUAAAAGACAAAAAAUGUC